CGUUUUAUCUACUUCCAGCGUGGAUGAUGCGAUUCCCUCAUGUUUCCAGCGUGCGGCGCAGCCCUAUGUAGGGCACAGCAGUCUCAACGAAUUCCCGCACGCCACAGCGAAACACUGCGGCGUCAGUCACUCAGUGCCGCUCGCAAGAGCUUAUUUUAGGCGGUUCCAUGGCCCAGCUUAGUGGUCUGCUGUUGGGGGGAAUUCUCCCACAUCAUGAUCAUCCCCUUGCCAACCCGGCGGCGCACGCGACCACAUGUCUCUGACCCGGGCCGCGACGGGCACCGCCAAUCUUGACCACGGCCCCUCUUAUAAACUCAUCCAUGCCCCAAGCGGGUCGGUCGGGUCUUUCAUUUCCCUUCGUGAAGUAGGUCGCCAGAUCGACAACCAUCCCAUUCUUCACCCCCGUGCCCAUGGUUCAGCCGGCGCUGCCAUAGCCGUUUUCUCUCUUUCCAGGUUUUCUUUUCCCACUCCUUGGGUAGAGUGUGUCGCUGGUCGAUAUUUCCAUUCCAUCUUGUCCUCCUUUUGUUUGUAUCCCGAGUUUCUUCUCCGUAUUCCCGCUUGCUCUCCCCGGCAUUCUGUCGACACAUGCAUGCAUGAUCCAUCCUACAUCAUGUCCGCCACGUUCCCGCAGACAAGCCUGAAGCGGAAGCGGAGUCUCUCACGGUCCGUCAUCAAAAUUAUCCAGCGCACGCUCCCGCACCUGGUCAAGAGCAGAAGACGAUCGUGGACGACAAACGCAAAGACGCGGAUGCCGAUUGAUAUGUGACGGACUUUCAGGGGACACUGGGGUUUUCGAAACGGACUCGGAGAUAUUGAGGACUGGGACGCAUCUGCUCAAUGUCU